GGGAAAAAAAAGAAAGAGGAGGAUGAGAUAGUCUCACACAUACAACACAACACAACACCAGACAUACUCUUUAGGAAUUUCUCUCUCUCUCUCUUGUUCUCGCUCUCAUCUGUGUUUUGUUUCCCUCUAUCGUUUCUUUCAAUGCACUUUUAAUUUCAUUCGUUCAUGUUGAGCUGAACUACUGUUGCUCGUGCUGAAACUGGAUGAAUUAGUGCAUCUUCUCUUUUUUCUCUUUCCUCUCUUUUCUCUGCCACCUGUGCAUUGAAGUCUGUCGGAUUACAGAAGUUUUAGACUUUAAAGAGCUAGAUGACUGUGCAGAAGGGAAAGCGGAUGACCAUCUCAAUCCAGGAGCACAUGGCGAUUAAUGUCUGCCCUGGCCCCAUUAGGCCCAUCAGGCAAAUCUCUGCCUACUUUCCCCGUCUGUCCCCUACAUCCUCUGUCUGUGAUUCGCUGUCACCGAACCAGGCAGGGUUUCAGUCUACUACACAGUUGGCUGGAGGAGGAGCAUCAGGAGGAGGGGGACUUCUGUCCCCACUGUCUCCAGGGACAGCAGCAAGUGGAGGAACACUGUCCAUGAUGAAUAGCAUGGAAACAUCUGUGGAGAUUGACAGCUGUGACAGUGAUGAUAACACUUCUUUAGGUACUCUGGAGUUUGACCUGCUCUAUGAAUCAUCCACAAGUUCCCUUCAUUGCACUGUCCUUCGAGCUAAGGGUUUGAAGCCCAUGGACUUUAACGGUUUAGCUGACCCUUAUGUGAAGCUCCACCUGCUUCCCGGUGCCUGCAAGGCAAACAAGCUGAAGACUAAGAUUGUGAAGAACACUCUGAACCCGGUGUGGAAUGAGACUCUUACCUACUGCGGUAUCACAGAGGAGGACAUGUACAGGAAAACUCUAAGAGUGUCCGUGUGUGAUGAGGACAAACUGACACAUAACGAGUUCAUUGGCGAGUUGCGUGUGGCCCUGCGGCGGGUGAAGCCUGAUCAACCCAAGCACUUCAAUGUCUGCUUGGAACACCCACCUCCUCUGGCAUCUCCUACUGCCAUGACCACUGCACUGCGAGGGAUCUCAUGCUAUCUACGGGAGUGGGAAAGUGAGCAGCAGCGCAGUUUGGAAGAACGUGGCCGGUUGCUGUUGUGUUUACAGUUCCUGCCUCCAGCUAACAAUCCAGAAGGUGGCGAUGUUCUUUCAGAAGCUAAAGAAAAAGCGAAGGGUGGUUUGUGCGUUGGCGUCAAACGCUGUGCCCAUCUGGCAGCUAUGGAUGUCAAUGGACUGUCCGACCCCUAUGUCAAAACGUAUCUCAAGCCCGAUGUGAAGAAAAAAUCGAAGCACAAGACAGCUGUGAUUAAAAAAACACUAAACCCAGAGUUUAAUGAGGAGUUUUUCUAUGAGAUUACUUUUAACGAAUUGGCGACUAAAACACUGGAGGUCAGCGUGUGGGAUUACGACCUGGGGAAGUCUAACGAUUUCAUCGGGGGUGUGUCUCUAGGCUGUCAAUCACAGGGUGACGCCCUGCAGCACUGGAUCGACUGCUUGAAAAACAAAGGUCAGAAAGUCGAGCGCUGGCACACACUGACCAACGAACUGCCUGGAUCUACUUUGUAGAAGACAAACGGCCACCUUUUGUCUUACGAUCCAUUUCUGAUUGGAUGCCCAUCCCUGUCAGUUAGUGGCAGGGGAAUAUGGGUAACCAGCAUGGGGUGAUGCUGGAUUGAGUUCAGACUGCCGGAGUAGAAGUUUAGAAGUUGGAAUUAUUCACAUUUUAAUGUGGAUGAACUUAACAUGUGUCUGGGAGCAAUUUUUAAAAAUCAUCUUUAUUUUAAUUCCGUUAUCUUUGGGCUUGAUUUGCAGCAUGUUCUACUCUAUCAUUAUUCUGAUUUGCAAAGCAAUGAACCUGAAGCCUACAAAGCAUUAAUUUUUUAUUUUUAAUGCAAUCAUUUCUUGCAAUAAUGCGUUGUUUGGUGAUGCUUCCAAAAAAUUCCUUCAGAAGUGGUCUUAAAUGAAAACACUGAGGUGGUUGUACUGUAGUUUGUCAUUUGUUUUUUCAUCGUGCUGCACGCUGCUGAUUUAUAACUAACAAUGUCUAACAGAAAUCCUCCCUAAAUGUCUGUUUAUGUGCAUUGUUGUUGUUGGUGCUCGAUGUGUUCAGUAUGGCUCCUUACUUUACAGAUCUUCCUUAUGGAAUGCCACCGUCCCCGUAAUCGCCCGUGUUUAUGAGGAUGUUCCUGAUAUGCAGAUGUUGUUAUGUUUACUUUCAGAAUUACUGCCUGCUUUUUUGUCUGUAUUUAUUAAAGUUGUGCUCUGUGAUUUUAGGAUCAUCCUGUUAACCCUAACCACAGUGCAGGGGGACCUGGGUGGUAAUUUAAAAUGACUGAAUUGGGGAGAAAAUUGGGUCCUAAGAAUAAUCUAAGCUAGUUUCUAUGUAGGUUACUAUGUUAGAGGGUAAAUAAACAUUCAAGACUGGACAAUGAUGAAUGCUUUGACUGAAGUCCAUAAAUGUUUAUUUGCCCUCUAACAUAGUAUAACAAGAAUGUAUAGCCUCUUGAGUUUAUAGUAUCAUGAAAUCCCGGUUACUGUUUCAAACAGUUGGUUAACCAGAUUAACAUUUAUACUUUUAAAUCAUUAAAACAGUUUCACAUUAACUUUAACUUGCAUUGACUUUGCUGUUAAAUAAGCUAGUUGCAACAAGGAGCUCACAUUGAUGUAUGCCAGUUAAACAUUAAUAGCUCGCUAACCACUGAGCACAGCAAUGUCUAAACACUUUCCUUUAAAUGCCUUCAUCUGAGAAUCAAAUGAGGUCAAGAGAUAGAGCCUCUGUUACAAGGUUCAAAAUGAAUUUUUCAUUAGAAUUUUAGGUUUUAUUUACAGCAAGAGAAGCACAAUUCCAUAUACCAACUUCAUUCAAAUCUACUGAGUUAGUUUAAAGUGUAAAAAAGCUAGCUAUAUAUAUUUAUAGUAUGUAGAUUAAUGGACAUAUUUACUGAAGAAUGAUACAUCAUUUUGUGCUAAAUUAGAAAACAUAGACUGACUAGCCAGCUAGGUCAGACUAUAGUCACUGUUACACUCAACAACAAAAAUACACAAUACUGAUGGAUUACUGAUUGAUUAUUGAUUACUGUACACAAUAUUGAUGACAAAAUCUAACCGUUUCAGUAUAUAUUUAACUUUAUAUUGUCAUUACCAGAAUGUUCAUUUAGCUACCUAUUUAUGUAACUAGGCUAUGUUUUAUAAUCAGUUAAUUCGGUUAGAGAUAAAUAGUUCUAUAUCAAUUUAUUCUAAUUUACUACACAAAAAAUAUAUACUUGUUUACAAAAUGCUGACAGGAAAUAUUCUCUUAACUUUUUUCUUGACAUUCGCUACACUCCCAUAAUUCCUUAAAGCAAGUUUCUCCACAUGAUUUAUUGAAGGAACAAAGUUAAUUACAGACUCCACCUUUUACUUCAACUUUUUAAAAAAAUACAGCAAUUCUCCAGAGUUCAAAUUCUAUUCCUUCAAUCUUUCACUCGAGUGGUUUUCUUUAAUGGCUAGCAAAGAUUAGCCUUGUAAGCUGGACAGAUACAGUACGCUACAAGUUCAUGCUGUGUUAUCUGGUUUAUUGUAACUACAGAACAACUCCACACUCAGAUGAUUUGAGAUUACUCACAUUGUGAAGGAUACGAAUGUAAAGUCACAGAGCGCCUCUUCUCUUUUUUUAAUCAGUAUUAUAAAGAAAUUAUAAUUUAAAAUAUUAAAUUACAAUAUUUAAACCUCUAUUUUUUGGACUGGUUGUACAAUUUUAAUUUACCUUUUCAUUUUCUGAAUGGAGCAUGCUAAUAAAUUUAAUGUGUCUGUGUGUU